CUGACACAUCAGAUAGCCAAUAGGGACCAUAGAAGCGCCAGCUUCCUCCAAUCAUUUCAAUCGGACGGUUACCGGUGCUGGGCCUUUGAGAGGUAUCCGUUUGUUCACUACUGCAACGUGUGUUAUCAAUACGAAAAGGUUUUUUUCCACGUUUGUAAAAUGGGUCGCCGCAAGUCGAAAAGAAAGCCUCCCCCUAAGAAAAAGAUGACCGGGGAUCUGGAAAGUCAGUUUACCUGCCCCUUUUGCAACCACGAGAAGUCGUGUGAUGUGAAAAUGGACAGAAGCCGGAAUACUGGAAUAAUAUCGUGCACAGUCUGUUUGGAGGAGUUCCAGACCCCCAUUACAUAUCUUUCAGAGCCAGUUGAUGUGUACAGCGACUGGAUAGAUGCCUGUGAAGCAGCCAAUCAAUAG